AUGCAGAUGGAUUCACCUUUGACCUUUACCCCGUGCCGCAGCCUUGACUUUGAUGCCGACGAGUUGAAAUCCCUGAUGACCCCGGAAGUGAAGAAAGACUUACGUCACCUUUUCGAUGACGAGGAUUCUGGGCUUGGGAUGGAUGAUGGGAGGCUCUCCCCAGAAAGCGACCAAUUGUCAGAGUUAUUGCCCUUUAAACUUACUUCGAUCCUGAGCUUUUCAGACUACAGCAAUGAAAAGUUUCAGACCAGGAAGAAACAAAUUCACAAACCAGACACGGGAUUCAUACGGUCACAGUUGUCAGGCAAGCGUCCACGAGAUGAAGAUGACGAUUCGUCAACUCGCUCAUCUAAGUCACAGAGGAGAGGAGAGGCGGUGUUCACUAGGAGGUCACUGUCUUUUGGGGACAUGUCUAUGACGUCACAAGAGACCAGAGCCAAUGACGUGAGGGAUGCUGUAGACCGUUUGGUGGAGGAGGAAGAUUUGAUAGGGGACGGGACUGACACGUUUUGUCUGCCGACCAUCAGGGGAAAACACCAGGACCUCAAAUCUAUCUCGGCUGACACGAUGGUUGACGUUUUGACCGGAAGGUAUGAUGACGUCAUCAGGAAUUACCGCAUCAUUGACUGCAGAUACCCGUACGAGUUCAAUGGAGGUCAUAUCAAGCACGCGGAGAACAUGUACACACGUGACCAGGUCCAGCAGCUGCUCCACGACAGUUGUGACGUCACCGGAAAGAGAAAUAUCCUCAUCUUCCACUGCGAAUUUUCCUCAGAGAGGGGGCCUAAAAUGAUGCGUUUCCUAAGGACACAGGACCGUGCCCAGAACGAGGCUAACUACCCGGCCUUGACCUAUCCUGAAGUAUACCUCCUGGACGGCGGAUACAAGGCUUUCUUCCACACAGGCAAGACUUUGUGCCACCCCAUGGAGUACAAACCAAUGCUACACCAAGGUCACUCUGAUGAUUUACGUCACUUCCGGUCUCGAUCCAAAUCCUGGACAGCAGGCGAAAAACAGAAGAAAACAGCCUCCCGACUUCGCUUCUGAUCAUUUAAAAAAGAAAAACUUGCACGACACAAGACAGGUUAUGUUUGAUAGUCUGAAAGUCAAUAUAAUGGACGGGUAUAUAUUACCUGGGGCUACCAGAUGAAAUACAUGAAGAAACGUCAAAAUGAAAACGGACAUUUUCUAGUUAAACAUUGGUUAUCGGAAUCGCAACAGUAUCGCGACAAAUCACAGCAUGUACAUUGUAUGUUAUAUCAUAAUUUCUGAGGACAGGACCAAUUAUUGCUGUCGUGUGAAGAAAUGCUAGUUUCAUUGACUAUAUUUGUGUUAUAAUUGAAGGGACACACGUCAAGGUGUUGUGUUGGAGUGCUAUCUACUUAAGUGCUAUAUAGGUAUUAUUGUGUAUAUAUAUAUAUUAUUGUCGUUUGUUUGAUAAUUGCUGUCACAUGGAGAAUACUAAUAAAUUCAUUUUUAAAUCAAAA